AAAAUAAUCGUAUGUUGCUAUCAGAAGACGAAGUGAUCAAAUAUCUAGCUCGCCAAGUACACCGAGGACACAACACAAUCCCCAACAGAGAACUAGUCCACCAGUUCGGACCCUACUUGGCCACAUUAGACCAAGACAUGCGUCAGUGAGAAAUUUCUGACGAUCCAGCCGUCCUUCCUCAAACCCAGAAGAUACUCAAUCGGAAGUUUGCUAACACAUUCGGCAUCGGACUCCAGACAAGAAUCGCGAAGUCCUUCAAUCAAUCAAAGAAUCAUGAAUACCAAUAAAGCCAAGAGCAGUGUAUGUGGAAACUUGGCCGAGGACGACUGCAUAUCGGUUGAGUCGUCAACGUCUUCUUGUGACAUAGUAGAAGAAGAUGAUAUAGUUGCAGAGGAGGACCAGGAGGUAGAGGCGUCUUUCGCCUCCCUCAUGAACAAGGUCGUUGACAAAAUCAGCGACACUUUCCAAGGCGGCCCAAAGAUCCCCACAGACUACAAUGACAAGCGUAUGGCAGACGAUUUGUUGCUGCUGGCGGGGUCGCAAGGGGGCCAUGUGAAGAAGAAGAUACAGGACAUCAUAGACGCGGAGAAGGAGCUGGAGAUGGAUGGGAAACUGAAGGUGGAGCAGCAACUAGCUCAAGGACAAAAUGCCACCACAGAUGCGAUAACGAGUCAGCAGUCCGAGUUUUUCAAACCGAUGAGCCUGUUGGAGAAAGAGUGGGAGUUCACAAUGUGUAGCAACAAAUUGGAUCAAGUUAAGAAGUUUCUAGAGGAGCACCCCUUCCAAGAGGAGCCCCAGCAACACUUCAGAUUUGUGAACUAUCGCUCCAAAAUCAACGGAAACACAGUUCUGCACUACGCAGCUCAAUGUUGCAAUGUGAAUCUGGCCAUUGAGUUAAUCAAGAACAGGGGCGUUGACGCUUCAAUAGUGAACAAUAUUGGUAUGACACCAUUGCACACGCUAGCUCAAGUGCGAUUGGCUCAUAACGACCCAGGAGUGAAGAAAAUUACACUUGCGAGGCUGUUUUUGCUGCCCAGUUUGAAGAAGAAACAGUCGAUGAAGGCGGGAGUGGACGGAGGCAAGGGAGGAGUAGAGGUGUUGGAGCCUAUUCUGACCGGACCCUACGUCAGAGACUACUAUGGCAGGAAAGCCUGUGACCUUCUACCCCCAGAACAUCAAGCUACCAUGAGAGAAAUUUUCAGAGCCGAAGUACCCGAAAUAGUGCAUAAGCCAAAGGAGAAGAGAGAUGUGAUUAUUGGAAAGCAAAGUACGAAUGCACCGAAACCCUCUCUGUUCGAGUCUAUUUUCGGGUCUAAGAGCGACUCCAGUUCCAAAAAUCGGAACGCAAAUCAGAGCUGGGCGAAAAAUUCUAUGCUUACAACAUUUCGGAAGGGGUCACAUGGCAUUCCGUCGGCAGCAGCAAGAAGUCUUCCGAUGCUGAACCGUAGUCAGUCGAACGCCAAGCAGUCCCCACAUCAUAAGACUUCGCUGCCCUCGAGAACCAGGCCGACACCUCACCAAGUGGCAUCACCCCGCACUAGUACCACUACCGGCUCCAGCAGUCCUCGCAAAGCGGCAUCGGCUUCACUCUUCACAUCGUCCCCUCAGAAUGAAACGAUUGUAGAAGACUCAGAAACUUAAUCUGAUAAUUAGUCAAAAUAUUUUGCUGGCUAGCUGUGUUUGGUCCAAAAUUUGUUGAGUUAAUUUUAGUUAUAAGUUAAAUUUUUAUUUUCUA